AUGUUGCCCGAUAUGGACGCUUUGGAAGCGUCUCUACUCAACACAUCUGGCACAGUUAAAUUAGAUGUGCGCUUUAGGACCUUGUUCACGCUGAAGGGUCUCGCCGCACUGUCAGAAGAAAAGCGGAGGCGUGUGAUUGAAAUAAUCUCCAAGGGAUUCGAAGACGAUUCGGCUCUUUUGAAACAUGAAAUGGCCUAUGUUCUUGGACAAAUCAAGGACACAGACGCGCUGCCAUGCCUUGAGUCGAUUUUAUCAAACAUGAAAGAGCAUUGCAUGGUGCGACAUGAGGCAGCAGAGGCUAUGGGCGCCAUUUCAUCGCCCUCUGCGUUGCCUGUUUUGAAAAAAUAUCUGCACGACGACGAUGUGUCAAUCCGAGAGACGUGUCAUCUCGCUAUUAACAAGAUUGAGCUUGACAACUCCGAGGCGGGUCGAAAUGAACAAGCUCUCAAGGAUCUACGAGAAAAGGAGCAUGGCGACGCCGUGAGUGCCGCCCGCGCUGCUGCCGCACCUAUUGACCCUGCGCCCGCCACGGUGAAUGUGCCAGGUACACAGCAUGCACACCAAAAUGUCUAUACGCUCGAGAAUGUGCCCAAGUUCCGUGAGACGCUUUUGAAUCGUUCGCUCACACUCUUUGAGCGGUACCGUGCCAUGUUUGCGUUACGGAACACGGUGCAACAGGGCGGUCGCGAGGCCCAAGUUCCUGCAGUGAAGGCGCUCGCAGAUGGACUAGAAGACGACAGUGCCUUGUUCAAGCAUGAAAUCUGCUUCGUAUUUGGCGAGUUGUGUCAUCCAGCUUCACUGCAGCCCAUGUCUCGUGUGCUCAAUGAUGCGGGUGAACACGAGAUGGUGCGACAUGAAGCAGCAGAGGCGCUGGGUGCUAUCUUGGAAGAGGGUGCUGGCGAUAGCGAGGCUGAUCAGAUUAUCAAGGUGCUGCGCCAGUAUGCGGAAGAUGCGUCGGCACCACGAGUCGUACGGGAAAGCUGCAUUGUGGCUUUAGACGAAAUCGCGUAUAACCAAGAUCCAUCGCAGUUCCAGCGCGUGGAGUAA